AUGAUGCAAACUGCGUACUACCAGCUCCCGCUCGCGACCAAGCCGCAGCAACAGGCCGUAAUGCCCGCGGACUCCCGCGCGUCCGUCACUCAACUUCUCGCUGGCGCGUGCGCGACGCCGUGCUCGACGGCCGCGCACACGUUCGUACAGAUCGUGCCGCCGCUGUCGAGGUUCCAACUCGCGCUGGAUGUGCUUAUGCCUAUGCUGGAUGCUCGUAUUGAGUUGCCGCAGCGGAUCCUUGUGGCCUAUAUUUUGUAUUCACUGUAUGCGCCUCACCCGAUCAGCAUAAACCCCUUCAAGUCCGUGCUGUGCGCGACCUUCAUCCGGGAACGCGACGCGGCGGUGCAGGUCGCCAAUAGCGGUGGAGUCGGCGAGAACGAGCAGCUCAUUUGGGUGCUAUGGAAGAUACUGAAGGGAGAUGGAAGCGACAUUGGUCCCUUUUCGCCCAACACACUCGCCAGGUCCCCUCUCCCUCCGAAGCUCAGGGCUGCCAAUCUAACUUUCGACGAAGACUCCACCGUCGCGCCCCUUCCCGCCGAUCCCGUGGGAAACGCCGACUCAUCCGCUCGGCUGGUCAACCGCGAAAGUGCUCAGGAGCCCAGGUGGGCGGAGGACGCGUCCUCGGAGCGCGAUCAAGAGAUGGACAAGCUCUCGCGCGCGAUGACGCUCCUCCUCGCCGCACGGGACCGCGUCCUGACCAUCGCGGAACAGCGCCUGGCAGCGCCGCCGAUGGUGACCUCCGUCGACCUCCCGGGCAUCAUCGCGAACAAUCCACUGAUCGCCCACCCGUUGGUCAGCGCCCUCCUCGCGGCUGAUUCUGAGGAGGGCCCGGACACGCACCUCGACGUGCUCAGACGUCUCCCGCCGGCGCUGCCGUCAUUUGACCUGAUGGGGCGUCUGUUGCGCGACGCGACCGCUAUUACGGAUGGCGCCACGGGUGGACGCACGACGAUCGCGGACCUGGUGCGUACGGAGGUGCUCGGGUGGUUCAUCCACGAGUGCGUCGCCUGGUUGGACCGCGCCGAGCAGGACGAACGUGCAGGCAACGUCAGCGAUGACCGAUUUGCCAAAGGCGUUCAGAGCCUGUGCCGCUUCUACAAUGCGCUCAUCAAGUUCGCGAUCGUUGACCCCGCCUCGGAUGCAGACUCGGCGGAGAUGGCGCACUUCACGCUGCGCAACGCCCGCUACGAGGAGGCGAACGCGCUCUACCGCGUGCUCGCGAGCGCCGCCGGGGGCUUCUAA